AUGGCCAACUUGAAGAAGCAUUUCGCGUUCAAAGUCGGUGCGGGUGGAAACUCUUCGUCGGGGGGUGGCGGUGGGCAUGGAGUCUCCCUGUCGUCGGAAUUGUUGCCUCCCGGAUUUUCGAAAUCCGCCUUCAUGAACGAAGUGUCCUCACUGCUCGAUCAGUGCGGACCCUACAUAUCGGCCAUGAACGCGUUCUGUACAAGUGGGUGUUCGUUUGCAAAGUGCCUCGUUCGAGUGUUCCACGCAGUGCCUCUGUAUCGAGAGACAGCGACGACGCUCCUAUCGAAUUGGGAGGAGAUCGCGCAGACCACGGCAGCGGCCUCUGCAUCGGUGAAGACCGAAACUCUCAUGCAGCUGCAAGACGUCCUGACGCGGCUCGAGACGUCGGGCGAGAAUAAAGAGGACGAAUUGGCCGAAUCCGUGCACGCGGUCUCCUCGUGUCUGAUGGCGUACAUCGAACUCCAAGCACAAUUUUCCUAUUCGGUGUUCAAAGCUCUCGGCAAGCUCUCGCGUCAACAACAGAACGGUUUCCUGAAGACGAGUCGAGCCGAGGAGGCAGUGAGGAAACAGUUCUCGCAGAUCAUCAAUCGACUCACCGGGCCCUCAGUCAAAACUCUUCCGUCGGCGCCGAUAUCUCAGGCCGCCGUUGUCGUUAGUUCACCGUCGCAACAGGCGCUGCCAUCUGUCGGUGUGUGGCCCGCUGAGAUCCAUUUAGCUCCGAGUAGCGGAGAGCUUCUCGUAUCCACCCAGCCGGAUUCUGCGGCCUGCAUGACCGAAAUUCCUGAUAGCGGCCUCGAUGACGUCAUAAACCUAUUAUCGAUUGGUGCCGUUAGUCCCCCGUCUUCUGCACCUUCGGCUUCCUCCGCGUCCUCGUCGUCGACGGUGCCCCCGAAAGUUCCCCCGCGUCCCGACGCCUUCAGCCAGGACGCUUUCAGGAUCAAACAGCUACAACAACGACAGGAGUCUUCGGGAAGCGGGGCCGAGGCCGCCGCCGCUGCCGCCGCCUGCGACGACACCAAGCUCGAAACGCCGUCGUGGUCUCCCUGGGGACCCGACUGGUCGACCGAAGAUCUCAGCAAUUGGCCGUCACACUCGUCGGACGCUUCGGAUCACGACCCCGGCUGGAUGCGAUGGCAAUCAAGCAGUGCCAAAGAAAAAACUCAGACUUGGCCUCGUCCCCUACGUGAUCCCGCCGCGCCAUGGGAGUGGCAAGACGAUGGAAUGGAGGAAAUGUUCGGCUCGUGGAAAGUUGGAACUCGCGACGGAGAUCGAGUCGCGAAGACCUGUACGUGGCCUCUGAAAGUGGCCGCCGCCGGUACCGCCCCCUCCACGAUCGCCACAACCACGACUACCUCUUCGGAGAGCUCUUGGCAUGAAGCCGAUCCCUGGAGGAAAGACGACUCGUUGCCAGCCCCGAGUCAAACGACGCCCUGGAAAACCGGCGACGAGGACCAAGGCUUCCACUUAUUCAAUCAACGAAUUUCUCCUCCGUGGAAGGGGAAGAGGCAUCUCUCUCCGAUGCACCACGCUUUCCGAGCUCUUCGGGCCUUAGACGGAGCAGGUCCGUCAGGUAACGACCAUCAGCUGUAUGGGGCGCCGAACCCCGAAUCCGCGAAGUUCAUGAGUCGCAGGACGCGCGAGCAUUGA